AUCCAGGUACCGCCUCUCCGGCCUCCCGCUUCGAUUUCGCGCUCCGGCGACGCAAUCAGGCGAGCAGAAUCCGCUCCCAAUUUUUUCAGCUUUUUUUACCCCAUCAUUCCAUCGCUGAUUCGAGCGCCGAGAAAGCGAGCGCGAAUCCUACCUACCAAGCCGGUGUUGAGAAGCAGUUCGUUCCUGUGCCCUUUGGUGAGUGGCAAUGGCAGCGGCAGGGAGACUGCGGGGACGGCGGCGGGCGCUCAAGGAGGUGGAGCGCGAGCCCGAGCCGUUCACCAUCGAGGAGGAGGUGUCCCACCUCACCCGGGUUCGGUCGGAGCCGUGCCCCGGCACCCGCGCCGCCAUCCAUGGCGCCAGGCGGAAGAGGGACUUCUCGGCUUUCGAGAUGCUGUCGUCGAGGGAGUCCGGCCUCUCGGGAGGCGGCGGGUUCUGUUCGGCCGACCGCGCCUACGCCGCCGGGAAGCACCUCCCGUCGGAAGGACCGUGGUGCGUGGAAGACAUGGAUAGCGAGGCCUAUGUCUCGCAGUUCUCCAGCGAUGGCUCGCUGCUCGUUGCCGGGUUUCGGGGAAGCCGCAUCAGAGUUUACGAUGCCGAUAGAGGGUGGAAGGUUCAUAAGAACAUAAGCUGCAGAAGUAUGAGGUGGACGGUUUCAGAUAUUGCUCUCUCCCCUGACCAGCGAUACCUUGCCUAUUCCAGUUUGUCGCCUAUUGUUCACAUUGUGAAUGUGCAGAAUGCUGGAAGAGAAUCGGAUGCUAAUGUUACUGAAAUUCACGAGGGUUUGGAAUUCUGUGAUGACGAUGAAUACUCUUUCGGGAUAUUCUCUGUGAAAUUUUCAAAAGAUGGUAGAGAAGUAGUUGUUGGGAACAAUGAUUGUUCAAUACAUGUCUAUGAUCUUGGAGCAAAUAAAGUGUCUGACCGUAUCCGUGCUCAUACGUCUGAUGUCAACACGGUCACCUUUGCGGAUGAAAGUGGCAAUUUGUUGUACUCUGGAAGUGAUGAUAAUCUCUGUAAGGUCUGGGAUAGGCGUUGCCUUGUAAGAGAGAAACCAGCAGGUGUUUUGACAGGUCACUUAGAUGGGAUUACAUGUAUUGAUAGCCGUGGUGAUGGGCGUUAUCUAAUCUCCAACUGCAAGGAUCAGACUAUCAAACUUUGGGACGUCAGAAAGAUGUCCGCCACUGUAAAAGGACGACAACCAAGAUUAUAUGACUGGGACUACAGAUGGAUGUCGUUCCCAUCACAUGCUAGAUAUUAUAAGCAUCCAAAUGAUCUGUCUCUGGCAACAUACAGGGGUCAUUCAGUUCUGCGGACACUUAUCCGCUGCUACUUCUCUCCAAUGCACAGCACGGGCCAGAGGUACAUAUACACUGGAUCAAGUGACGAUUCAGUGCAUAUUUACGAUGUGGUAACCGGGGCGACCGUGAAGAAGCUCUCGUGGCACGGUUCGAUCAUCAGAGACUGCACCUGGCAUCCUUAUUGUCCAACGCUCGUAAGCUCUUCCUGGGACGGCUAUCUGGCCCGGUGGGAGGCAUCAGGUGACAACGAGGACCCCUCGGUGCUCACGUGCGACGAGCAGAGGACUAGCCCUUACGACCAGACAUACGGGCUCUCUUUUGCCCUGUAGUAAGUUGCAGAGGACAUGGCGUGAUAAGCAGAGCCGAGGCGAGCUCGUGAUGAACCUUUAUGUUGGGUUGUGGCGGUUUAUGAUUGAUGUGCUUGUAUGGCAGUAUAAGCACAAGCAGUCAUGCAUUGUAUGUCUGAGGCAACUUGUGCUCCUCUUGCUGUCACUGAUAGAAAAUAGUGAUGUUAACAAGAUGUAGCCGUUGCUUUUGUAAAUUUGUUUGCAGUCGAUCAGGUGGCGUCAGUGACAAAGUCGUAUGUAACUAUGCAAGUUUUUUGUUGUUGUUGAGAGAAUUGUAACUAUGCAAGUUAAUAAUGCAUGUGCAUUCUGUUGCCAUACAGAAAUGUAUAUUUAGUGAUGAGUAAAUAACGCUGGUGAUGCAACAACU